GCCUUCGCCAUGGCUUUCGCCACCCGCCACUUCGUUCGCGCCGCCUCCUCCGACGCCGCCACGGCGGCCGCCAAGAAGCUGCUCAUCAAGCAUGUCACGAUCAUCGGCGGCGGCCUCAUGGGCGCCGGCAUCGCCCAGGUUGCAGCAGCCAGUGGUCACACUGUAGUGUUAGUUGACCAGUCAGAUGAAAUCCUUAAAAAGUCUACAAAAGGAAUUGAAGAGAGUUUGAAGAGAGUGACAAAGAAGAAGUUUGCAGAUAAGCCUGAGGCUGGUGCUGAGUUCAUUCAGAAGACCUUGAAGAACCUCACAACAAGCACAGAUGCAGCAUCAGUGGUCCACAGCACGGAUUUGGUGAUAGAAGCCAUCGUGGAGAACCUGGAAGUUAAAAAUAAACUCUUCAAGACACUAGAUAAGUUUGCUCCAGAGCAUACGAUAUUUGCAAGCAACACUUCAUCCUUGCAAAUCACAAAGAUGGCAAAUGCAACCACCAGGCAGGACCGAUUUGGUGGUCUCCAUUUCUUUAAUCCUGUGCCUAUGAUGAAGCUUGUGGAGGUCAUCAAGACUCCAAUGACCAGCCAAAAGACCUUUGAAUCACUUGUGGAUUUCAGUAAAGCAGUAGGAAAGAGUCCUGUCAGUUGUAAGGAUACUCCCGGGUUUAUUGUAAACCGUCUCUUGGUGCCAUAUAUGAUGGAAGCUGUUCGACUUUUUGAGAGAGAUUUUUGGUGCCAAGGAGAUACAGAAUCUUCUCUGUUCAUCAAACUGUCAAUCUUUUCUCUAGGAGAUGCAUCAAAGGAAGAUAUUGAUGUUGCUAUGAAGCUUGGGGCUGGCUAUCCCAUGGGUCCAUUUGAACUGCUGGACUAUGUUGGGUUGGAUACCAGUAAAUACAUAAUAGAUGGAUGGCAUUCCCUAGAGCCCAACAACCCUCUUUUUGCACCCAGCCCACUCCUGAAUAAACUGGUAGAAGAAAAGAAGCUGGGUAAAAAGACUGGAGAAGGAUUUUACAAAUACAAAUGAACUCUGGACUUUAAGAGGUGUUAAACUAUCUGUAUAUGCUAUUCAGCAUUGCCAUAAUGCAGGUGUUUAAACCCUCCCAAGGGUGACACAAGCUGUAUUUAGAACAUAACUCACUUGUGAACUGAUUGAUUUCACUAGUUAACUAUGGUCAAAGCUUGAUUUGGUAGACUGUUUUUUUUCUUGUAAUUCCAAAAAGCUUUCUAGGUACAGUGCCUUCAUGAAAUGUUGAUUUUUCUCAGGUGCAGUACAGAAUGACAAGUGAAUUUAUGUGUUUGAAAUAUUAUUAUAUUGACGGGGAAAAUCCUAAAAAUAACCUCACUUUCGUAAAAAUAAAAUUUUCAACAAUUCUGUAUUGAGUGUGAGGGUUUGCAGUUGUGUCUUGGAUGGAGCCCACAGGGUGGCAGUCUCUUCCCAUGCUGGCAAAUGCAGCCUGGAAAGGCAGUGGGUUGUUUUGUUAGGAUUUGCUUAAGUGCACCACUAAUCUGUAGAUGUAAAUUAAAGUGCCUUGAACAAUAAUGUUUUGAAGGACAUAUUUAAAAAUAAAGAAUCCCACAAUGGCAGGCUGCUCCCUGAACAGAAAGUUCCCAAUAAAGCAUUUA